AAUUUCAUUUGAACUGGCAAAUCUUGUCAUUCACAAGUACAAGUUGCUAUAUUGUCGUGGCUAUUUAUGGUCAUUGAAAACGAGCUCUAACUGCUCGGAAAAAAGGAGUGUGCUGGAGUUAAGAGGUGCAACUGAACAUUGGACAAUUUGUAUGAUUGCUUUACCACUUGGAGACUUGUUUUUAUAGCUUUUUCUAAGAAAAGAGGUCUUUCAUUGGAAGAGAAGCGUGAGAAGAUGCUUCAAAUCUUUUAUGACUCGCAGGACUUCUUCCUUCUGAAGGAACUUGAGAAGCUGGGCCCCAAGAAAGGUGUAAUCAGCCAGUCUGUAAAGGAUGUCAUCCAAUCUCUUGUAGAUGAUGACCUUGUCUUGAAGGACAAGAUAGGAACCUCAGUAUACUUUUGGAGCCUUCCGAGCUGUGCUGGAAAUCAGCUGAGGAGUGUGCAUCGAAAACUUGAAGAUGAUCUUCAAAGCAGUAAGAAAAGGCUUGCAGAACUUGUUGAGCAAUGUGAAGCCUUAAAGAAGGGAAGAGAGGAAUCUGAUGAACGAGAGGAGGCCCUAGUUGAGCUGAAAGCUAUUGAACAGAAGUAUAAUGAGUUAAAGGAUGAAAUGGGACAGUAUGCUGACAAUGAUCCAGCUGCCUUUGAAGAAAUGAAGAAAUCUAUUGAAGUUGCACAUGCAGCUGCUAACAGAUGGACAGACAACAUAUUCACACUGCGACAAUGGUGUGGAAACAAUUUCCCUCAGGCCAAAGAACAGCUUGAACACUUGUACAAUGAGGUGGGAAUAACAGAUGAUUUCGAUUACUUGGAGUUGGCACCUAUAGUCCCUCAGAGGCCAGUUGGUGAUCACAUGCUGGAAGGCAAUCCUUAGGGAUAGGGCUAGAUCAAGGAAUAGCAUACAUGCUAAUGGUGGUUGCUCUGGUGCUUACCUAUAUCAUCCACUGAUCAUUUCUGUAAAAGAAGCAGAGAGACAUUUGAUUAAUCAAUGUCCAAGCGCAUGUUGGAUAUUUUGUUU